UACAUACACAACAAUACAUACAAAGACCAACACAGUUAAAGAUUACUUCUGAUGCUGGAUAUAUUCCGAUGUCAGAAUAUAUUGAACCACAGACUCACACAGACUUUACACUACGUACAGAGUACGAUAAAACAUAUUAUGCUAAUGAAUGUUUGCCUCAGUUUCAGAAAAUAGCAUCAACUGCGAAUACCCAGCAAAAUAUAUCUCAGCAACAAGAAGAAUAUAUGUAUGCAGAGGAAGUACCAGUCCAGAAAGAGAAUACAAAGACCAGGAAAAUGGAAGAACGAUUGGCCAAUUUAGAACUAGAGGUGAAGAAAAUGAACGGAACGUUAAUGAAAAUUUUGAAAUGUGCUCAAGACCGUUAUUCUGCAGUGGAGAUACCACAAGGACUACCAAUUUCAACAUUGGAGCAAAUAGAUGCAUUUGAAAAUCAGGAUGAUGAAAGAUAUUCUCAAGUUCAAUAUUUUAGCAGAUUGACGGCAGAAUGAAUCAGAGGUUUACAGCAGAUUGGUGCCAACUGCUUGUCCAUUGUGCCCGCAUUCUGACGGCAGAGUCUGGCAACAUUAUUUGACGGCAGACUGAUGCCAGAAACAAAGCAGAUCCCGACGUACACAAUCUAGUGACAGAUUGACGGCAAAAACGUAUCAGAUCCUGACGUACGCAGUCUGGCGGCAGAUUGACGACAGAAAUACAACAGAUUAUGCAGUGCGCAGUCUGGUACCAGAAUGACGGCAGAAACGUAACAGAUCUUGCUGUUCACAGCCUGACAGCAGACUGGUGACAGAAAUACAACAGAUUCUGCCAUAUUCAUUUUUACAUCCCCCCUCCCCCUUCCCAUUCAGUCAUGCAUAUUACGUGAAAGUAAUUAUUAAAAAACAAUACAAUAUACGAACGUAAUUGUUUUUAUUUAUCACACAAGACAAAACGAGCCAGCCAAUCAGAUUCACAAUGGUGUUUACCGUAAAUAGCGGAACACGAAGGCGACGAUGUUUCUUCUCAUAGCCUCAGGAAGUGA